AAACAAAGUGGUAGGGUUAUUUUUAUCGGUGUAGAUUUAGAAAGCCGUCUUCUGUUCUCUCUGUGGAUGUGGAUAACUAAUCAUCUCUUGGUUAAAAUACAUCAACGACAAUCCUCUUCUUUAUGAACAACAAUUUAAGCGCCUGUUAUUCGGUCCCUCCCGAUCACGGACCAUAUCAAACCUUUCUAAGUUGUAGAGCUAGAGCCCUUGUUCAGGUCUCUGAUAAGCUUAAACUGUGAUGCGAAAGGUCACUAAAUUCGCUUCCUUCGUCAGAACUAUUACUGCUGUAAAAUCCGAAUUUGUAGCCACAACAUCACCGGUCCAUUUACCACACCCAUAUUCUCGUUUGGGUCUGCAUUUCCAUGCUCGCGAUCUCAUUUACCUUAAGAAUCGAGAAAUCAAUAAACUUAUAAAACUGGGCCAUCUUGACUCUGCUAUUAAAUUGUUCGAUGAAAUGCCUCUUCAUGACGUUGUUACAUACAAUUUGCUAAUUUCUGGGUGUCUUCAAAAUGGGCAUCCACAGCGCGCAUUUGGUCUAUACAGCCAAAUGGUUUUAAGAGGUAUUAGAGAAAGUGCGUCAACAUUUACUUCAGUCUUGGGUACUUGUAGCAACAUGGAUUUUUUCAAAGAAGGAAGUCAAAUUCACUGCAGGGUUGUUCUUUUUGGAUUUACUUUGAAUUUGUUUAUUGCCAGCUCGCUAAUUGAUUUCUAUAUGAGAAUGGGUCUUGAUACUAUAGCUUUGAAGCUGUUCGAUGAGUUGCCGCAACGAAAUAUAGCUGUUUGGAACUUGUUGCUUCGUCGGUGCUGUGAACUGAGGCAAUUCGAAAAGCUUCAGGGAUUUUUCUCGAAAAUGCAGUUGGAAGGCGUAGAGCCAAAUGGUCUUACUUUUUCCUAUUUGCUUCGAGGAUUUGGUAACGAGAGGCUCUUAGACGAAGGGAAGCUACUACAUAACCGUGCUGUUAAGAUCGGAUUGGUUGAAUCGAAUAUUUUUGUUCAAAAUGCUUUGGUGGAUUUCUACUCUGAUUGCAGAAGUUUAACAGAAGCAAAAAAUGCAUUUGAAUGCAUUCAAUUAGACGAUGUUAUUUCCUGGAAUUCGAUUGUUGCAGUUUAUGCAGACAUCGGUUUCUUGUCUGAAUCACUUGAGCUGUUUUCUCGGAUGCAGUUUUGGGGGAAAAGGCCCUCAAUUCGAUCGUUAAUGGCUCUUUUGAAUUUAUCUAGUCGGACAAGGAAUAUCCAGUUGGGAAAACAGAUUCAAUCUUGUGCUCUGAAACUGGGUUUUGGUCAUGAGAGUAGCCACCUUCAAUCGGCCUUGAUAAAUAUGUACGGAAAAUGCCUUGAUAUUGAGAGUUCAGUGGCCGUUUAUGAAAGUAUUUCUGUAAGAACUUUGGAGUGUUGCAACUCUUUAAUGACAUCUUUGUUACACUGUGGUGUCAUUGAAGAUGUGAUCGAGAUGUUUGGAUUGAUGGUUGACGAGAGAAUUGGACUUGACGAGGUUACUCUGUCUACAACUUUAAAAGCACUAUCCAUAUGUUCAGCUGACUUGAGCAGAUGUAGAAUGCUCCACUGUUGUGCCAUAAAAUCAGGCUUUGAAUUUAGCUCCGUGGUUUCUUGUUCUUUAAUGGAUUCUUAUUCAAGAUGUGGUCAUGUUGAGCUCUCUUGGAAAGUUUUUGAGGAAAUCCAUUCCCCUGGUGUCAUUUGUUUCACCUCGAUCAUCAAUGGAUAUGCUCGAAAUGGACUCGGGAGGGAGGGUGUUGAAAUUCUCAAGAUGAUAAUCCAGAGAGGUCUGGAACCUGACAAAGUGACUUUCUUGUGUGCAUUGAUAGGGUGCAACCAUUCAGGACUGGUCGAAGAAGGAAGAUUUGUAUUUGAGUUGAUGAAAACCUACAGAAUUGAACCAGACUGGAAACAUUAUUCAUGUAUGGUUGAUCUUCUUGGUCGUGCAGGUCUGCUGGAUGAGGCUGAAAAGUUGAUCCAAAAGGUGCCUGAAAAGGUCAACGAUGUAAUCUGGAGCUCCAUGUUAAGAAGUUGUAGAAUCCAUAGAGAUGAAACAAUCGGAAGGAAAAUUGUAAGGUCGUUGGUGGACCUCAAAGCUGAAGAUCCUGCCAUUCUUUUGCAGGCUUCAAAUUUCUAUUCUGAUAUUGGAGAUUUUGAAACUUCAAAGCAACUUAGAGAAAUUGCAUUGACAAAAAAAGUGGUAAGAGAAAUUGGUCGCAGUUUAAUAGAGGUAAAAAGUCAUUGUUAACUUGGGACUUCUGCAUAGUGGAAUCAAUAGCGCGGACAAACUGCUACAACUGAGUACAGUGAUGCCAUUGCCUGCCACCUGGAGGUUUCUUUCUUGGAUCUUUGGAAGGUGUCUCAUUGGAUGAUUAUUAUAUCUUAUCGUUAGUCGCCCUGACAUCAUGUUUGCAGUACUUAAGCUCGGUCAAUAUGUUGCAAACCCGAGACAGUCACACUUGACAGCAGCUCACACUUCGCUUCGGUAUCUCAAAGCUCCUGGACAAGGGAUUUUCCUAUAAGCUUUAAGUGAUUCUUCGGUCUCAUGGAAGUCAAAGAAGUAAACAACAGUUUUGCGUUCAUCUGCUGAGGCUGAAUACAGGGAAUUGGCAGCCACUGUCGGUGAAGUUUCUUGGCUUGUCCGAUUACUUAAAGAACGAAGUACAUCGAGCUUGACUGCCAUUUUAUCUGUGACCAUGUAGCAAAAGGAGAUAUCAGACUGACGUCUAUUCAAAGUUCUUCCCAGCUUGCUGACAUUUUCACCAAGGUUUCCCCGGCUGAGACAGAAUGUUUCCUCAAUGGCGUUGCAUUGGAGGGUCUGUUGUCAUUGGUGGUUCAGGAAGCCAAUGAGGACCAUGUACAGCAAGAACCAGUUAAAAGAAAAACGAUGGAUCUAAUAUUGUAGAAUUGGGACACCAAAUACAAGUGAUCUUUGGUCGAGGUAUCAGCCAUGGGUUCAAGCUCCAAUCGAAAGCUAGAAGCAUCAUUUGCAAUUUGUCAUCACUAAGUCUGAAUACCUUGGGAUUUCUCUCAACUGUACAAGUCACAGCUGCAACUUACAGCUGACGAAAAUUACAUCCUUGGAUCAACCAAUGCAGUUGUACUGCAAGAACAAGAUUCAAACAGGUCCGUAUACUGCCUUAAAUUUCUCUAAUAAGAAAAUUAAUCACUAUGACAGUAUGGCUUUGUGGCGUGGUGGAAAAUGGAAUUAAAAUGAAGCAGACUCUGCAACUGGAAUGAAAUUAAGUCAGACGACGUAGGACUGCUAAUAUAAAUGGUCAACUAGAAAAUUGCAUAAACAUAAAAUUGUCUAAUAGCUGUCUACUGAGGCUAACCGACUGACAUAACUAACUCAUUGACCGAAGGAUUGAUCACACAUAUAGAAUCUAUGAAUAUUGUCAACAAUUAGCCAUAAUUAAAUGGAAAUGACAAACUCCAGGGACCAGUCAUUAACAAAGCGCAAUCUAAGCACUCAAGUUAAAAUCAUUUGACUGAGGUGAUUGAAAUAGACAACGUGUAUUAGUAAAACCAUAUUACUAUCAAAGAGCCUAUGAACUGGGUGAGAAAAAAUGAAUUGGGCUUGAAGAGGAUCGUGGGCGUCCCUGUCAAAACCAUACUUUGAAAUAGUCUUGAAGGCAAAUUACACUGUCCAAGUAGGCUUCACUUCACGAUUUAAGGCUAGAUGCGAGUUCCUUAAAUUUACACUUGAACAGCAACAUUUCCGUAAAGCUUAAUUUUAAGGCUGAAGGACAACGAAUCCUUGUACAUGAAGAUAGAUGAAAAGCAGAUUCCUAGAAGAAGGUAAGUGAACCUUGUGGAAUCGUUGGAUAAAAUUGAGAGUUUUUUAUUUAUUUUUUAUUUUUAAGAACACAAUAGGAGAAUAAUCAUAAUGAAAAGUAGACCACUCUUUUAUUGGAUUUUGGAAAAUCCAUGAGAAGGGAAAAUGAUUUUGGUAGUGCAGUGCGAUCCAUGUUCUUAAGAAAGAGAGAAGAUUGAAAUAACGAGGUUUGAGUAGGAUUCAUAAGCCUUAAGCUUUUUUUUAAAAGAAACACAAGCCUUAAACCUUUUUUUGCAAAUCUAACGAAUAGUUAAGGAUUUAAAAUUAGUACGGUAUAUACUUUUCAGUUUUAAAAACAGAUUCAAUAUAACAUACUUAUAAUUCUAAAAUAGUGUUCUGCUCAUAAUCGGAACGAUAAUAUGACGGCAUCUAGAAUGAAAGGUAGGCAUCUAGAGAAUAUUAUUUAUCAACAAAGUUAUACACCUAUCUCUGUCCAGUUGAUCACUACACACAUUUCUUUAGUACCAACUAGUAGCUGUUAUGUUGAUUCUCUGAUUUAGUUAGAAUGUAAUGAUUGUUUUGAUUCUAGAGAUUGAAAUAACUAUUGUUUUGAUUCAUAUUAGACAGUGAAACAACUAUUGUUUUGAUUCAUAUUAGACAGUGAAACAACUAUUGUUUUGAUUCAUAUUAGACAUUGAAAUAACUAUCGAUUUGAUUCAUAUUAUACAUUGAAAUUUUAAAACAGAAUGAACUUUUUACCUAUUGUGUGAUGUGACUCAUUCAUGAUUUUGACGAACUCAAUGGACUUGGGAAAUAAAGAGAAACGUAGAAAGUAGGCUGCCCACAAAUUUCUUCCUGCUUAAGUCUCGCGAACCCUUCAGCUAAAGUUUCUAUCAAAUUCUAUAUGAUAUAUGUGCUCUUUGUCCAAUACUAGAAAAUUUUUAAGAGCAAAUCCUACAUUUAUGGAUGCCCACGUCAUUUCAUUGAUAAAAUAAACUUGUUCUUUUGCAUGUAAUUAAGAUUUAUAAUUUUGCACAAUCCAAUAGCUUGAGUGGUUGUUUUGGUUUAUUUUCAAUUACUUGAAAAACCAUUUCAUAUACGCUUGUAAUUUAAAACAAUGAGACCGUGGUAUAUUAGUGGAGUGUUGGUUUGUUCUUGAGCUAUGUGAAUGUUGAGGUGAGAAAGAAAAAACAAAAGAACAUGAUGAAAAUAUUGAAUGUGACUAUAGCUUAUGGGUCAUAUGGCUUGGCCUGUUGAAGUGUUGCUCAUUAGAGAGAUUACACCACACAUUUAUUAAUUCACACUUCUGUGUCUCUUCCUAGCCCUCAGAUCUUGUCCUACAGAAACAAAUCUCUCUUUCUCUCUCUGUGUGUUGAAUUGGAACUCUCGUCCGUGAAUUCUAGCCAGCAUGGCUUUUUGUAUGUACACUGUGAAUUGGAAGCUUAAAACUUGCACACUUCUUACACACCACCCAUAUGGAGACAAACCAUUUUCCUCCUCAAAUCUUUCAAAUUGGAAAAUUUUCUACUAUUGAUCUUUUCUUUUUCUUCUAACUGUUCUGUGUCUUGUCCUCUUCCUACCACAACUUUUUUUAGUUAAGUAAAUCAUAACUUUCUUUUGUUUUCACAAAAAGGUAAUGCUUUUCCUUUCACUUUAAUUCUUUCUCAAAUGCCACUAUAUCUAUCCUACAAAGUUCAUAUUAAAAUGAAACGAUAUUACUUGGUAAAAAGUCUCGAGUGUUCUUUUCUGAAAAAUGAUGGGAAAAAAAGUUCAAUCCAAGGAGAAUGAGGAUCCUUCCUCGUCUAUGCCAUUAAUUCUCUGAUUUUCUUAUGCAGCAUAUGGUUAUUAGUUAUAUGCUUUAUAAUCUUUAGAUGUCAAGCCAUUGGAGUUAAUAAUAUAAUAUAGUCAAAGUAGCAAUUAAAGAAAUAUCAUAUAGCUGACGAAUUCACAUGCCGGACAAAGGUUUGGCGGAAAUAUAAAUCCGCACUUGAUAGCCACAGAGAAGACGGAAUUGGCAUUGGAGCAGCAGCACAGCUUCAGCCACAACCGUAAAAACCUCAAAAGUUUGAUGAAGCAAUAGUUUGAAAACAGAUGGGAGUCGAGUUAUUGGUGGCAUAAUGCAACGGAAUUUGAUUGGAUGACAGAGGCAGAGGUAGAGGCAGAGGGAGGAACGUUGGCGUCGGUUAUAGUGUUUGGUUGUCUGUUGUUUGCAGUGGGAAUGUUGGAUGGUGAGCCAAUGAAGAAGACGAAGAUGAUCCCAGCAACAGCAACAGCAGUUUUGAUAUAAUAAUAGAUAAUUUUUUUAAUAUAUUAAAAAAGAGGAUAGGUGUCCAGUGUGAAUUAAAUGGGAAGGGAGAUGGAGAUUCUGUUUGCUUGGUGAGCAAUUACGAUGGAAAAUGACAGGUGGAAGACGUUAAAAGCUACCCUAGCCUUCCGGUUAAAUCCUCUCUGGAUAGGUAUUUACAAAAGUUGUGGCUUUGGUCUGAUUCAAAUUUUCAAGGGGAAGGGGAGCCCUCAACAGCCACACAUAUCUUAUAUAAUCUCUCAUUGCCUAAACGACUUGUAUUUUUAUGUACCAGUUUUCCAAAAUUCAUUUCAAGAGAAAAAAAGAAACUCUCUUUCUUUCUCGUGCUUCAGCACUCUACGGCAUUCCCAUCGCUGUCAGAAGCAUUUUAAUGGAAUUCAUCGUCAUGUUACUUCGUCAUAACUAUGCAAAAGUAGUAAUGUAUUAGGUUUUUUAAGUAUAAUUACAUGAAAAGAAAAAAAAAGCUUUCAGUCA